AUGGUUGAUCAGCUGAGGUCGCAGGGUGCUUCUGUCCCGGAAAAGGCUCUAUCUCUGGCACAUUGGAAUCCAGUGCUGCUUCAGCGGCGGGUGUCUGAUUUGGAGAUGGCCAACGCUGAUAUGGCCCGGCGGUACUCUGAUCUUGAAGAGAAAUAUUCCCAAGGUCAGACUGAACUGGCCCGGCAGUGCUCUGAUCUUGAAGAAAAAUAUUCUCAAGGUCAGACUGAACUGGCCCGGGUUUCUGCUUCUCUGAAUGAUGCUAACACGCUGAACUCCACUCUCCAUGCUCAGCUUGACUUUGAAAAGGAGGAAAAACUCGCCCUUGCCACUUCUCGUGACAACCUUGACAAGCUAUACCGUGAUGCCAGCAACUCGUUGACCAUCUUGGAGAGGAGUCAUCGCUUCACCAGGGAAGAGUUGGAUAAUCAUCGUUAUAAGCUGCAAGAGUCCUUGGAUGAUGUGAUUCGCCUCAGACAGUUGGUGUCGACUAAGGAUACUUUCAUCAAGGAUUUGCGUGCUUCCAAGAAAUCAGUCGCCCAGGAGCUAGAAACUGCUCGGUUGGCUGUCAAAGCUGCUGAAGAGACUUCUGCUACUCUGAGGGCCCAGCGCGACAAAGCCAUGGACAAAGCUAUUCGCGCGGGGCAGAUCCUGAUGAGGAGACCUGGCGUGGUUGUUCCUGACGACAUAGUGGCUGACAUGAAUGCCGCUCCUGAUUCCUCGAGUCGUCCUUCUUCGUAA